AUGGCCCACUGCCAGGACCGAGGCAGCAAUUCGCGGCGUGGAAGUUUGGCCCACGGCACCUUUGAGGACGAGGAGCUGUCAUUAUCCUUGACUGCCAUCGACCCUAGGAACACGGCCACGACGACGACCAAGACGACCUCGACCCAGCAUCGACGCGAUGACAGCAACGGCCGACCUCGACCCAAGCAUAGCCACAGCCACAGUCGCCGCCAUUCGCAACACGCAGAGCACCAACAUCAGCAUCAGCAUCAGAACCAGAGCCAGAACCUGAAUCAGAAUCAGAAUCUGAAUCUGAAUCUGAAUCUGAAUCAGAACCAACAAUCCUCUCCAUCCGCCAUGCCGCCCACCGUUCACCGCAGCGGCGGCGGCCCCGGUGCCACGCCUGCGGAUGGGAGCACCAGCAGCAAGAUCCGAGUCGAUCAGCGCAUCAGCGCCUACGAGAUAAGCAAAACUCUCGGGGAGGGUUCGUUCGGCAAGGUCAAGUUGGCCGUACACAAGGGCACAAAGCAAAUGGUCGCGCUCAAGAUCAUCUCGCGCAAACGCCUCGCUAGCACCGACAUGGCCGGUCGCGUCGAGAGAGAAAUUGAGUACCUGCAGCUUCUCCGUCAUCCCCACAUUAUCAAACUUUACACCGUUAUCAAGACCGACAACGAGAUCAUAAUGGUCCUCGAAUAUGCCGGCGGAGAGCUCUUCGACCAUAUAGUCACCAAUGGCCGUCUGAGUGAGAACGAAGCCCGGCGCUUUUUCCAGCAGAUGCUGUGCGCUGUCGAGUACUGUCACAGGCACAAGAUUGUCCACCGUGAUCUGAAGCCCGAAAACCUGCUACUGGAUGAUAAUCUCAACGUCAAGAUUGCCGAUUUUGGUCUUAGCAACAUCAUGACGGAUGGAAACUUUCUCAAGACGAGUUGCGGAAGCCCAAACUAUGCAGCCCCUGAAGUUAUUAGCGGAAAGCUCUACGCGGGAUCUGAGGUGGACGUCUGGAGCUGUGGUGUCAUCCUGUAUGUCCUGCUGGUUGGCAGGCUACCGUUCGACGACGACCAUAUUCCCACGCUCUUCUCCAAGAUUGCUAGGGGAACAUAUGUCGUGCCCCAUUGGAUGAGUCCAGGCGCCGCCGCCUUGAUCAAGAAGAUGCUCGUGGUAAAUCCCGUCAACCGUGCCACCAUCACCGAGAUACGGCAGGACCCCUGGUUCACAACCGACCUGCCAGAGUAUCUGCAGCCUCCCAUAGAGCCAUUCUUCAACACGGGCAUAGAUCCAGAGAAGGCGAUUCGGCCCAGUGACAUCGCCCCAAACGCUCCUCCAAAGGUUCAGGAGAAGCUUCACGCCGAAGUCACUGACAAAAUCUCCAAGACCAUGGGUUACGGCAAGCAGGACGUUCUCGAUGCUCUGGAAGCCGAAGAGCCUUCCGCCAUCAAGGAUGCCUAUAUGAUUGUGCGCGAGAACAAGAUGAUGCAGAGUAACCCAGCCCUUGGGGGAGACAACCCAUUCUUUGCGACUUCACCUCUGGGUGAUGAAAAUGGAUCCGCUGGCGUCAUGGAAUCCAUGGAUUCUGCCAUGGCGGGUCCUGGUCACGACCCUAACGCAAGCCCCAUGACCAGCAUGUCUGUCAGAUCGGCCGCGUCCAGCACUCUCAGCGCUGCCUUGGCAUAUCAACGACCAUACACCAGCAAGAUUGGUAUUCUCCCCAGCAGCUUACCAGCGUAUCACAACGCGUACAUGGAGAGCGAGAAGUCGGGCACGGCCCAGGACGCGCUACCUGAUUUGAUGGCGCUGAAUGAGCCGCCGGCACCAGCCAGGACUCCGGCCGAACAGGAGGAGACUGCAAGGAGACUGCGGCCGCACGCGCGUAGCAGCCAGGGCGCUGCUGAUUCCAAACCCCAAAGUCUGACCCCCUCAAACGCCCCCAAGAAAACCAAACCCACCCGAUGGCAAUUCGGUAUCCGCUCACGAAACGCACCAUUCGAGGCUUUGUUGUGUAUCUACAAGGCUCUGAAGAAGCUUGACUGCUCGUGGAAGAUUGAUCGAGACUAUCACAAGGUGCAUGGCGAUGAGAACGACAAACAUCGCUCAAGAGGCGACGCAGGGACACCUUAUAUAUUGCCGGCAGAUCCAUGGCACAUAGAAGCACGCUGGGAGACGGGCCCUCUUCGAACCCACUCGGUGAUGACGGAUCCAAAGAACUCAGCGGCAUUUCCAGGCGGCAAAAUGAGGGUCCAGAAAAAGCAUAGCAACAACAGUUCGGAAGACGAUGACGAGGAAGCAAACGCCACUUACGAGGUGAUAGCCAUGCGACUUUCCAUCCAGAUUUACGAAAUGGAGAGUGGCGUGUACCUGGUGGACUUCAAGUGCGCAGGCUAUGAAAUGCCUGAUGGUAGGCUGAUGGAGGAAAAGGACGUGACCAGUCCAUUCCCUUUCUUGGACCUGGCGGCCCGGCUCAUUAUCCAGCUUGCCGAUGCAGACUAG